AUGACUGCGCCGGGCAAAGGGUCGCGCUGGGGAGCGUUCCUCUCGUCGGCCUUUGAAGGCGUCGAGAAUCGUCUCGACAACUUACUUGACGAAGACCAACAAGCAGCACAAGGAUAUGAGCAGCAGCAGGGAAUGAAAGCCGCGCCCGCGCCCUCGCCAUCACCAAGCCCCAAACCGACUGCAUCUGCUGCCGCCCCGAAGCCCAACCGUGCCAAUGAUCGUCUACAAGCCAGGUUGGCCAAGGCUAUGGCCUCGCGAACCUCACAAUCGUCUCCUCGCAGCUCCAUUGAUACUUCUCGUAGUUCGGUUGAUAAGGAGCGCCCUGCUAGCACUGAACCCGUAGUGAUGAGACAAAGCAUCGAAGUAUCGGAAAUCAAGCCAACUGAACCCGCCAACCAAAUCGACAAGUCAACCUCCUCUGACAGCCCAGCUUCCGCUCCCCCACCUGAACAACCAGCGACAUCUGAAGGAAGCGAUAAUAAGGAGUUUGGUGAACAAAACCUCAAGCAUGAUUUUCCCACCCCGAUUAUCGUUGAGCCGCCUCCUGAGGCCGAACCUCGAAGUGCACCAGAACAAGAAGUUACAGAACAAUCCAGCAUCCAGCAAAAGCCGAACAGCCCAAUAUCAGAUACCAGGCAUCCCGUAGAGGCACCAAAAAUCGUAGAUGCUCCAGUUGAAGAGUCACAGAAAGACCAGGACGCCACUCAAGCUCACGCGCCUCCUUCAGAAGAGAUUCAAGAGUACAUUGAGCAAAUCGACUCGCUACAAGCCAAAUUGCAGUUUCUGUCCAAAAAUGCCGCCGAUGCAGCUAGGCAGACUGCAAGCUCUGCUGAAGCGGGUAGUGUAGAGCGCAAAUUGGCCGAAAAGGAUGAGAAGAUCGCUCUGCUGAUGGAGGAAGGACGAAAGCUUUCAACUUCAGAGCAAAAGUUCCGAACAACGGUUCGCAAGCUGCGCACCCAGAUUAUAGACAACGAGAAGCAGGCCAAUGAACUCAAACAAGGUAAAGAAAAGGCUCUAGCCGAGGUGGAAUCUCUGCGUAGUCGAAUCAACAACAAGGAAGAGCAAGAGAAGAGAAAUGAGGAAGUGCGAAAAGCGAAAGCUACGCUCCAGAAGGAACUCGACGCCCUGAAGAAAGACAAAGCUGUCAAGGAGGAGGCAUAUCGACGGCUGGAGCAAGAAUCUAAAGCCAGGACUGAGCAAAUACAAGCCACCCAUACUGAGGCAUUGAAAAAGGCGCUGGAUGUUGAGAAGAACAAACAGCAAGAACUUGACCGUACUAUCGCAUCACUGCGGUCAGAAAAAGAGGCAUUGGUUGAGAAAUUGCGCCUGACUGAGGUUGAGUGGCAAGAGAAGUUAGACCGGGCAUUAGAACGUGGUCGGAAUAUUGAAGAAGAGCUGAAGCUUGAGCUGAGAGCGGCCGAGGGCAAACUCGAGGCAAUGAGAGUGACGGCCGAGGAGGCUUCUGCAGGAUCUGGUGGUGACAUCAAGUUGAUACGACAUAUUGAAACCCUCCAAUCGCAGUAUGCAUCAGCCAGCGAGAACUGGCAAGGUAUAGAGACCUCACUCCUGACCAAAGCUGCCAGCCUUGAAAAGGAGAGGGACGAAGCGCAACGGCGAGAGUCAGAAAUGCGAAAGAAGGCUCGUGACGCGGCAACUCGGUAUAAGCGACUCGAGGAUGAGCUGCAGGACGUUAGUCCAGCUCUCACAGUCGCUCGGCAGGAGCUCGAGACAUGUCGUGAAGAGCUUGCUGCCCUCAGAAUCCAACACAGGAACUUGGAGACGGCCCUUGAACAGGCACGCAACGAGCUCGAGAAGCAACAGCGAGCGGCGAGCAGGGAGGUUUCGGCCGAGGCCGAACGAAGGCAAUGGGCAGACGAUGUUGCUAUAAGCACACCCCGGUCUCAGAGCAGACCCGAUUCCCCAUUGCUUUCUGUUGCCCGAACCUUUAGCUCGGACUUCAUCGGGCUUCCUGUACCAGCAAGACAGCCUCGUCGAGUGCCCACACCGGGAAGCCAAACCGAAAGCGCCGGCGAUGGCUUCUUCUUUGGACGAAGGAUGUCCAGUCAACCCCCUCGUCCUAGUGCCUUGUCCACGGCCGGUCAUGCGAUACCUCCCCCACCCCCUUUCUCGCCCUUUGAGCCACCUACCGAGUCACCACGCGCCGCAUCACCGCCACCAGAUCGUGAUGACGGUCUAGAUGACGGUGACCCUUCAUCUCCCCGCAACGUUGCGCAAGACAUGAUUUCGGUCUCGACAGUUGGGGCAGGUCCUUCCGUUCAGCUCGUCGAGAGAAUGAGCGCGGCAAUUCGACGACUGGAAGCCGAGAAGGUGGCUGCUAAAGAAGAGAUGGCUCGUGUAUGCAGCCAGCGAGACGAGGCGCGAUCUGAUAUUGUGAACCUAAUGACAGAGCUGGAAACACAAAAAACCGCUUCAGCACGGGUAACAGAAUUAGAAGCAGAAGUAGAGAAUAUCAACUCGCGAUACCAGACAACAUUAGAGAUGCUGGGCGAGAAGAGCGAGCUCGUUGAGGAGCUCAAGGCUGAUGUUCAGGACGUUAAGGAUAUGUAUCGUGAGUUGGUAGAACGGACCGUGAUGAAGUAA